CCCCGGGGCUGGGCUGUGCUGGGUGCAGCUGAUAGAGCAGCAGGCAGAGGGCUCGUUCUGGGGAGCUGGGGAGCCUGGGUGAGGUUGUAGCCACCAACAGUCUGAGCCACACAAAAUGCGUGAAAUCGUGCACCUGCAGAUUGGCCAGUGUGGGAACCAAAUUGGAGCCAAGUUCUGGGAGGUGCUUGGUGAUGAACAUGGGAUUGACAUCACUGGGAACUACCGUGGGGAUUCACCUCUGCAGCUGGAGCGAAUUAACGUGUACUUCAAUGAGGCUUAUUCCCAUAAAUAUGUGCCCCGUUCCAUCCUGGUGGACCUGGAGCCUGGGACGAUGGACAGUGUCCGGUCCAGCAAGAUCGGCCCCCUCUUUCGACCCGACAACUUUAUCCAUGGCAAUUCAGGUGCUGGCAACAACUGGGCCAAGGGCCAUUACACAGAAGGUGCUGAACUGAUUGAAAACGUCAUGGAUGUGGUGAGGAACGAGUGUGAGAGCUGUGACUGCCUUCAGGGAUUCCAGCUCAUCCAUUCCCUUGGUGGUGGCACAGGCUCAGGCAUGGGGACGCUCCUCAUCAACAAGAUCAGGGAGGAAUAUCCCGACAGGAUCAUGAACACCUUCAGCGUGGUGCCCUCGCCCAAGGUCUCCGACACGGUGGUGGAGCCGUACAACGCCAUCCUCUCCAUCCACCAGCUGAUAGAGAACACAGACGAAACCUUUUGCAUUGACAACGAAGCUCUGUAUGACAUAUGCUUCAGGACAUUAAAGCUCACCAAUCCCACCUACGGGGACCUCAACCACCUGGUGUCCCUGACGAUGAGCGGCGUCACCACCUCGCUGCGCUUCCCUGGCCAGCUGAACGCGGAUCUGCGGAAGCUGGCGGUGAACAUGGUGCCCUUUCCUCGCCUGCACUUCUUCAUGCCCGGCUUUGCCCCGCUGACAGCCCGGGGCAGCCAGCAGUACCGGGCCCUGACGGUGCCAGAGCUCACCCAGCAGAUGUUCGACGCCCGCAACAUGAUGGCAGCCUGCGACCCCCGCCGCGGGCGCUACCUCACCGUCGCCUGCAUCUUCAGGGGCAGGAUGUCCACCAGGGAAGUGGAUGAGCAGCUGCUGUCUGUCCAGACCAAGAACAGCUCCUACUUUGUGGAGUGGAUCCCCAACAAUGUGAAAGUGGCCGUGUGUGACAUCCCGCCGCGAGGGCUGAAGAUGGCAGCCACGUUUAUCGGCAAUAACACGGCCAUCCAGGAGCUCUUCAUCAGGGUGUCCGAGCAGUUCUCGGCCAUGUUCAGAAGGAAAGCGUUUCUGCACUGGUACACGGGGGAAGGCAUGGAUGAGAUGGAGUUUUCUGAAGCAGAAGGUAACACCAAUGACCUCGUGUCCGAGUACCAACAGUACCAGGAUGCCACUGCAGACGUGGAGGAAUUUGCGGAGGUAGAAGUGGAAGCAGAAGCCAAGCCAGAAAAGGAAGCAGAGUAAAAAGUAUCAAAACAUUCUCCUAAUGGGCCUGUUCACAUUCACUAAAGACAAAGCAAUAGCCAUCAUCUGCAUACCCAAAAUAACACAUUCCUUCAGAACUUUUUCUCUGCAUCUGGCCAAGUAUCUCUGGUAUUACAACACAGUGCUUUUGAAAUUAAGGGCAGCUCUGCUUUACUGUCUUAAACAACAGUUGACACUGAAUCUCUCCCAAAACUGAUCCACUAUGAAGACAUGUUAUGUCAUACCAGCCUUUCCUGUAAAUGGAUUCACUUUUAAAAUAUAAUCACCAGAUACUGAAUGUACUAUACAGCCACUGUGCCUGUGUAUAUAGAUCAGGAUCAUAACAAUAGCAAAACACGCUGUCAGCUUAUCACCUUUAUUUAUUCUCAGGUAAACACAGUCCCUGCUGAUCGUGAACUUGUUGCUGUUGUAGGAACAUGUGCACAUCUCUAAGGCCUCCAAGGCAGUGACUCUUUUAUCACUCCACAGACUGAUGUAUAU